GUCACGAUGGAGUAUUUUUUGGGCUUUUGAAUUGUUUGAAAACUCAACUAUUGAUAAUUUGCGAUAUCUUCAAAACCAUCAGAGCAAGAAGUUUGAUGGCUGUCAAUUUGCCACAGAAUUAUACAAUUCUUCACGACAAACAUAACCCCAUUUUAGAACGUGAGCUGUACAGGCAGCUCACCCACUGCACACAACAUCUCAAAAUUUUAUUAGGAGUAAGAGACGAAUUGGAAAAUAUGUUUACUUUCGUAACUCUAAGCCAAACAUUGGCGUCAUUACUGAUUUUUGCAUCUUGUUUAUAUGUUGCAUCCACUGUUCCUAUGACGUCUCCAGAAUUUUUUGCACAGAUGGAAUAUUUUUUAUGCGUUCUGGUCCAAUUUUCUCUGAUAUGUUGGUUCGGGAAUGAAAUAACCUCUGCCAGUGAGCUGAUACGAUUAUCACUAUACGAAAGCGAUUGGCUUAGUUCCAGCCCACGAUUCAAGAGCUCUUUGAUUCUGACAAUGAUUCGCAUGCAACGCCCUGUAUAUUUAUCUAUUGGCAAGUUCACUCCGCUUACUCUCACUACACUCGUUGCGGGCAUGGAGAAACAGUGA